GUAUUGGGUUGGGUUGGGCUGAUACCGUGGUUGGGUUUGGGUUUUAGACAUAAUCACAAAUAUAUAAUUAAUAUCAAUACUAUAUAAAAGCAAGUAGCAAGAACGAUAAAAAGAAGGGAUGAUGUUAAUGUUGAAGUUGAUGUCGAUAUCAGAUGGAAAUACCAAUGGGAGGAAUGAGUGCUGCUCUGGUAACGCUUCUCCGAUUGGAGCCGGAACCCAACAACUAUGUUAAAAGCAGCCCCACCGCCACCAACACCAACACCAAUCCCAUCACUACAAACCCUUCUUCACCGUUUCUUUCUCUCUCGAAGCCAUCUUGGAUCGUCAGAACUGAGUCGAAUGUCCGCAAAGAAAUAAGAAAGAAACCUCAUCCCCAAUGUGUGGUUUGUCACGGAACUGGACGAGUUGAUUGCCACCUUUGUUCCGGUCUAGCAGGACGAACAAAUUUUAUUCAUUUAGCAAUGCUUCCAAAAGGGGAAUGGCCAAAAUGGUGUAGGACUUGUGGGGGCAGUGGCCUCAACUACUGCUCCCGUUGUCUUGGUACCGGAGAGUAUAGGUACAUAAUGGGCUUCCACUUCAUGGAACAGAGGGACAACCCACAUCCACCUCAUUCUCCUUCUUGAUGAUGAUGCUGGCAGAUGAAACAUUCGAUGCUCACUUCUGUUUCAUACUCAAUCCCCUCUUUAACACUGCUAAUAGGCAGCUGUUCAUUGUACCGAAUGCAAACUUUUCAUAUACAUAUAUUGUAGUCUCUCUAAUUUGCCUA